GCCGAGCAUGGAGAGCUGCCGCCGCGACCGGCCGGCGACGCGGGAGACGCUUUCGCCCGCGAGGUAGUUUGGCGACCGCGAAGAAGGCAAAAGUGCCGGCACGCCGGCGGCUACGGACCCCCGCCUUCACCCCCCGAGGUCGGCCCCGCAGCCCGGCCGUGGAUUUGGCUGCGAGUCCCCCGGCAGCUCUUUGCAAAGCUGCUUGAAACUUCUCCCAAACUCGCCAUGGAUUCGGCGGCGACGGCGCUGCCUGCUUUUGUGGCGCUCCUGCUCCUGUCCCCUUGGUCUCUCCUAGGGUUGGCCCAAGGCCAGUUCUCGGCAGGUGGCUGUACCUUUGAUGAUGGUCCAGGGGCUUGUGAUUACCACCAGGAUUUGUAUGAUGACUUUGAGUGGGUGCACGUUAGUGCCCAAGAACCCCAUUACCUGCCACCUGAAAUGCCUCAAGGUUCCUAUAUGAUAGUGGACUCUUCAGAUCAUGACCCUGGAGAAAAAGCCCGACUUCAACUGCCUACAAUGAAGGAAAAUGACACUCACUGCAUUGAUUUCAGUUAUCUGUUAUAUAGCCAGAAAGGGUUGAGUCCUGGCACUUUGAACAUCCUAGUUAGGGUGAAUAAAGGACCUCUUGCUAACCCAAUUUGGAAUGUGACUGGGUUCACCGGUAGAGAUUGGCUUCGAGCUGAGCUGGCAGUAAGCACCUUUUGGCCCAAUGAAUAUCAGGUAAUAUUUGAAGCAGAAGUCUCAGGAGGGAGAAGUGGUUAUAUUGCCAUUGAUGACAUUCAAGUACUGAGUUAUCCCUGUGAUAAAUCCCCUCAUUUUCUCCGUCUUGGGGAUGUGGAGUCAAUGCAGGGCAGAAUGCCACAUUUCAGUGCAUUGCUACAGGGAGAGAUGCUGUGCAUAACAAGUUAUGGCUUCAGGUAAGAACCACUCGGCAGAUGCACUGAAGAGUUCAUGUGAUUAAAAAAAAAUCACUCAUGUAUUGUUUGUG